AUGGCAUCUCCUAAAAAUCAAUCAAUAAAAGAAGUAACAGAAAAGUCUCCAAUGACAUCGGCCUCUCCUUCAACUCAAGCAAUAGAAGAAGCAAUUAGAAAGUCUCCACAAAAAUCAUCUUCUCUUCAAAUACAUGCAAGAGAAGAGACAAAUGAAAAAUAUUCAUUGAAACCAUCACCGCUAUUGUCUAAGGUGAAAUCUUUAGACAUACCAUCACUAAGACCGAUAUUGAUGGAGAAUGAACAUUUUACAAGUCGUGUAUCUGUAGCCUACAGGAUACAAGUGUUGAGGAAUAUACGAUCACUACUUUGUUAUGAAGAUUUGGAAGCAUUCACAGCUUCUUGUUUUGGUCAUCUUCUUAAACUAAUCGAUCUAGCGAAGAGUAGUGGGCAGUUGAUACAUUUUCUUUUACAGAGGCGGGUACAAACUAAUAAAGAAAAUGAGUUAUGGUUUGAUAUUGAUAAUUAG